UUUGUUGUUACAUUGGCUUUUAUCAAUAUUAUCAGUUUUGUCGAGUUUCCGUACAGUUGGAAUCGUUUAUUUGCUUGAAACGCCGCCUAAUUGAACUCAUGUUGGGUUGAGUCGCGUCUCGAAAUUAAUUCCUCACAGUUCGUUCAACUUCACAAUCAAUCAUUACCCGGAUGAUCAGUAAAGCUUUGAAAUCCAUGAAUUAGACGACGUAAUAACUGUGGAAGUGUCUUCCUUCCACAGAGUGAAUAAGUUAAAUUGGUCAGCUGUUCAACAGAAACAAUGAAUUUGGAAGGAUUGUCAAGCACACCGAUCAAUUACUCUUUCAGAUUUUCUUAGUUCAUCGAUAUAAUGGUGAAGGACCCUGUUAAUUUCUGUCGCACUUUAUUAUUUUUCUUAAUUAGGCGAAGCUCUGCAAUUUCUCUUUUUCCAUAUCAACUUCAAAUGGAUUUUGCACUUUUUGCCGCGACUUGCUGCUGUCGAUUUCUCUAUUCCAUCCACAUGGAAUUUGCGUUUCACUUGGUUACUUCCACCUUUCUGUCUGCUUAUUUUCGCUUCUGUCGGUUAAUCAACUUCAAGACCUUUUUUAGAAUUAAUGUCUUGAACAAGUUUUUCUUUAGCGUUGUUGAUGUUUGAUUCGUUUUCAUCGGCACUUUUUCGCAUUUUACUGUCUGCCUUUUCCGACUGCUUCGAAAGUUUGUUCUGAGUGGCAAGCACACAUGGAGAAGCCGGAAACAUCUCCCUCAUGGGAGGAACACGAUGAGACCAAGCCAUCUUGUUAAAAAAGAAGCAUUUCUCCCUAGCGUCCAUCAAUUGAAACUUCCACUACUUCCUACGGGAUUGAUAUUAGGAUCCCGUUUCGGAAAUUCUAUAUCCCCCUUCACUACGCAACUGGUAACUUUGGCUAAUGAAUAAAAACGCCCAUAAAGCAUCCAACUUACACACAUAUAACUCACCGUGAUUGGUCUGCAGGAAACAAAGAGCCUGUUAUUGCGUCAAUUUGAAUCGAUUUUCUGCACAAGAUUGCCUACAUUUAAACCGCAAUUAAUUGGUCACCAAAAAUAUAAAUCACACCUAACUGCAGUUGUAGAUCUGGGGCCUUUCAGCGCCAGAAAGAAAUAUCCCUCCCCAGUAGAAUGAGCCAGCAUGCGGGGGCGAACCCUUAUAUAAUAGAUGGAGCGUCCCGACGUCGACAGACGCCGUUGGCGCCAGUGUACGUGUUGCAUUCAGAAGCAACAGAUAACGGGAAAAAUCACUUUUCGACCGCGAACCCCCCAGAAAAAAAAUUAAAAAAAUGGGGAACUUAAGGCUGAUCAAUUUAUCUGUGUGGUGUGUUUUAGUGGGCUGUGCCCUAAUCGAUAACAAGGUAAAAUCAGACAAUUCAUGCGAUCUGGAUAUACCGGAAUCUUUGCGCAUACUGCUCGAUCCUCAAGAGACUGACUCUAUCCAGGUACAGGCCUUAAGGAGGCAGUUAUUGAGGAAGUUGCAGCUUGAUUGCCAUAAUUUAGAGCUUGCCGAGUUGGAGGACGCAAAAAAUUACAAAAGUUUGGCUUCACUGGCCGGCUGGGGCAAUAUUCCAGCCGAACACAAGCGAAACUUGGAAGCCCUGGCCAGAGCUGGCACCUGGUACAAAAAUCCUCCGGAAAUCGAUCAAAGUGAAGAUGCCAAUUACAAGCGAAGCAUGGAAGUCUUAUUAAAAAAUGGGCCUGCGCCUUUAAUGCCAGAGUCGCUAGAAAAUCAGAAACGUGGAAUCGAAUCUUUAGCCAGAAAUGGAGACUUCCUUAGGCGCCAGCCCUUUCAGAGUUUCCUAAACAGUCAGGAUUAUAAACGGAAUAUUGCCAGCUUGGCAAGAGCUUACAGCUUCCCUGUAGGCAGUACGGCCGGAUUCGGCAAAAGAUCCAUUGGAAGUAUCGCUAGAAAUGGAAACUUGCCUUAUUUCUAUGGAAAGCGGAAUAUUCAAUCAUUGGCUCGAGAUGGGGCGCUCGGAAAAAGAUCUGCAGAUUACAUGGAAAGACCGGCGGAUAAACGUAAUAUACAAUCCAUUAAAGCCCAGCAGCGAAAUAAGCGCCAGGCCGAUUAUUUCGAGAACGAGCUGGUGUAUCAAAUGCCUGCGGAUUAUGAAGACAUUUUGCAGGAUUUAGCGGCUUCUCAAGACGCAUAUCCCGUGGAGGAUAAACGAUUUUUGGGAUCAGUGGCGAAGUCUGGAUGGUUUCGGCCAGUAUCCAGAAGUUAUUCCAGCUGGGUUUCUCUGCCAGAAAAACGUCAUGUAGCGGCUUUAGCUCGACUCGGCUGGUUGCCCACUUACAGAUCAGUGCGACGAUUUAAUCGAUCAGGACGAUCAUACUUAAGAUCGAACACCGAAGAUAUCGUUUGCAGGCCGAAUCCCCCAAAUGGGAAAACCGAAAACAACCGCUAUACCAAAGUCUCGUCGGUACCACUAGAAAACAAACGGUACUUGGGGAGUUCAACAGUCAACAAUGUUCGGCAAGCAAACGGGAUCAGGCCUCCCAUAAUUACAAGGUUUGUUUAAUUUUCCCUUUUUUGGGCUGGUUUAUUGAAUAUAUUGCCAUUUGGUACAUUUUGGUUAAUAGUUAGUUACACAUAUUUUCACAAGAGUUGUCAGAACAAAAAACUUUAGACAGGUUUUAUACAGCAAGGAAAAUUACAUCUAAAAGUCUUAAACACUCUCAUCCGCAUUCGCAUUGUCUUUUAUAAAAAUGUUGUUAAAUAUAUGCUAUAUUACAAAGUUAAAAAAGUGCUAUCACUUUUUGACAAUAAAAUAUCUAUAUAUCUAAGAAUCUCCCCCUAGCGUAGCUGGUUUUUUAGUAAUAUUUAGUACAUUUUGCUCUAACAGGCUUUGUUUCCUUUCAGUAUCAUUUUGUUUUAUUGCACGCUUGAUUGACGACAAUCUUAAAUCCACUAAGCAAGCAAAGCAUGUUAGAGGUGGCAUAAAUCUUGAAAUUCUUAUUCAUAUCUUCAUCCCAUAUCAUUUUAAAAAAUUACAUAUAAUAUUACAAUCAAGAAUAUCUUCGGAUACAUAUGACAUCCUAACAUAAACCCAAUGUAGUGUUAGGGCCAGUUGAUAUGACAAAGUAUAGCAGUCAGAUUGCACUAUUGCUUACGGGCAGUCUUGAAGGAAUAAAAUCUAUUCUUAGAAUAAGUGGUGUUGUUGAGCUUUCAUGAUGAUUUUUCAACUUUUAUAGAAUUUAAUCGAUUAUCUGCUCAUUUUAUCCACAUUUCUUUUAUUCUACUACUUACAUUUAUAAGGUAAGACACUUUUAAUUGACGUUCAGAGCUGGAUGGUUUGGCUACUUUCGCAUAGGGAUAAAACUAGCUGUAAAGACAAUACCAAUUUAAAUGUUAAAACGUUUCAAUAUUUGACCUACAAUGUAAGCAAAUCGACAAUAAAUGUGUUACUUAGCGCUGCAUAGAAAUGUGACAAUAACUUGAAAACAAAUAUACUCAUUGCGUGUGCGUUUAACUAUCUGUAUAAACAUACAUGUAUAUUUAUUGACAAUAAACUGAGAAACAAAUGGA